UCUUUUUCUUUCUCUUUACUUUCAACUUUUUUUCUUUCUCUGAUCACAGAAAUUAAACUUAAAAAGAAAAAAAAAAAAGCACAGCUUAUUUAGUGGGCGGCAAGUCCUAAUUUUUAAGCUUGUGUUCACACUAGACUGACUAGACUAGUGUUUGUGUGUUUCUCUCUCUCUCUCUCAUACACUUUUUUCUUUCACUUUUUUUGUUGUUGAUACUUUUAGAUUUGGUCACUGUACUAAGAAAAGAAAAGCUCUGAAUCUGUAUCUAUCUUAGCUCUAUUCUGUUCUUUGAUUCAUUUACUUGAUACCCUUUUGGGUAUAUUUAGUGAAAAAAGAUAAGCAAUGGCAGCUCCUAAACCAGAAGAGGUUAUUCAUCCACCAAUGGAUCAGCUUCAAGGUUUGGAGUAUUGUAUUGACUCAAAUCCAUCAUGGGGGGAGGCUGUUUUUCUGGGUUUUCAACACUAUAUUUUGGCUUUGGGAACUGCAGUUAUGAUCCCUUCUUUUCUUGUUCCUUACAUGGGUGGUAAUGAUGGUGAUAAAGUGAGAGUAGUGCAAACUCUACUGUUUGUAGAAGGAAUUAAUACACUUCUUCAAACUCUAUUUGGAACUAGAUUGCCUACUGUUAUUGGAGGAUCAUAUGCAUUCAUGGUACCUAUUAUAUCUAUCAUUCAUGAUUCAUCAUUGGCUAGUAUUGAGGACCCUCAUAUUAGAUUUCUCAACACAAUGAGAGCAGUACAAGGUGCUUUGAUAGUAGCUUCAAGCAUCCAAAUUAUCCUUGGAUAUAGUCAGAUUUGGGCUAUCUGUUCCAGAUUCUUUAGUCCGCUUGGAAUGGCCCCUGUGAUUGCAUUGACGGGUUUUGGUUUGUUCGAUAGAGGGUUCCCAGUGGUUGGAAGGUGUGUGGAAAUCGGUAUCCCCAUGCUUCUCCUAUUUGUAGCUUUCUCUCAGUAUUUGAAGAACUUUCACGUGAGAGAUCUACCAUUACUCGAAAGAUUCGCCUUUCUUAUAUCGAUCAUAGUGAUAUGGGCGUAUGCACACCUCUUGACAGCUAGUGGUGCAUACAAACAUCAUCCCGAACUAACCCAACUCAACUGCAGAACUGACCGAGCCAAUCUAAUUUCUUCAGCGCCAUGGAUAAAGAUACCAUACCCUCUUCAAUGGGGAGCUCCUACAUUUGAUGCUGGUCAUGCUUUCGGAAUGAUGGCUGCUGUUCUAGUCUCAUUAGUUGAGUCAACCGGAGCAUACAAAGCUGCAUCGCGUCUAGCAAGUGCCACACCGCCACCAGCUCAUGUCCUUAGCCGCGGUAUUGGCUGGCAAGGAAUAGGAAUCCUUCUUAACGGUCUCUUUGGGACGUUGACUGGCUCAUCGGUCUCCAUAGAAAAUGUAGGCCUUCUUGGAAGUACUCGUGUUGGAAGUCGCAGGGUUAUUCAAAUCUCAGCUGGGUUUAUGAUAUUUUUCUCAAUGCUCGGAAAAUUUGGAGCAUUGUUUGCAUCAAUACCCUUCACCAUGUUUGCUGCUGCUUACUGUGUUUUGUUCGGUCUUGUUGCUUCGGUGGGGCUAUCGUUUUUACAAUUCACAAACAUGAACUCGAUGAGGAACCUUUUCAUCACAGGCGUUUCUCUCUUCUUAGGGCUGUCUAUUCCCGAGUACUUCAGGGAAUACACUGCAAAGGCUCUUCACGGCCCUUCUCACACACGAGCUGGAUGGUGGAAUGAUUUCCUCAACACCAUCUUCUUCUCAUCACCAACUGUGGCUUUGAUCGUUUCGGUUUUCUUAGACAACACACUUGAUUACAAGGACGGAGCUAGAGAUAGGGGAAUGCCAUGGUGGGAUAAGUUCAGAACGUUUAAAGGAGACAGCCGAAAUGAAGAGUUUUACACUCUCCCAUUCAACCUCAACAGAUUCUUCCCACCAUCUUAAAGUGGCUCAGCUCAAAUUCCAUAGAGAAAAAGAUGUUUAGAGAGAUUGGAAAAGCAUCAUUUCCCUCUUUUAUUUGUAUAUCUAUUAACUCGGAUUAUCCGGGUUUAAUCCAAUAAAUUUAAUUAACUUCUUGUGAAACUUGUCCACUAAGUCAUCAGCAACAAAAAAUGUAUCUCCAAGCUGUGUGAACAAGUUUCCGAAACUCGUUCUUGAUGCCAUGAAGCAAUCCAAUCUCGCUUCGAAUGCUGCUGCAGAAACCAGCAACAUGAAAUGAUGAUGAUACUAAUUGAUCUUAGUUAAUUAAGAGUUAAAGGAUGAUGAUGAUGACUAAGGUAGAAUACUAGCUAGCUAGAUGUUCUUAAUUAAGAAACUCAUUUCCUCAAUGUUCUAUUAUUUUUGUAUACAUAAUAUUUAUUUCUUGAUGAGACAAAUUUGAUUGAUGUCAUUUUGAUUUUGCCAAA